AUUAUUACUGUAUUGUAUUAAUUGGUAGAGAAUUAGUAUAAAUAUAUAAGUUAUUCGUUAAAUACAAAACUCAAUUGUAUCCGAAAAAUAUCAAAUAAGUAAAGUUUUAAUAAUUUAAAAUCAAACACAAUGUCUGUAAGAAAGAUACCAUCGUUUAUAAUACGUGAACUCCGAUUGUCUGAUUGCCAUGAAGUGCGAGAGAUAUGGAAAUCCUCGAAAUCUAAUGUCAUUAAAUGCGGUCCCGAAGCCAUGUUUACAACUGAUCCAAAGGGCGUAUUUGUUGUCGAAAACACCGAUUCUGGUAAAGUGUUUGGAUACGUGAGUGCUGUGAAGCUAUCGCCUGAAUUGGCGUUUAUCGGCGGCUAUGCUGUUAGAGAGGAAUACCAGCGCUUAGGUAUUGGUAAAACCCUAUGGGAUAAAGCCAUGGCAUAUAUGGGCGACACGAAUGUUGGUCUCUUUGCGGCCAAUUUGAAAAUGUUUGCCAUAUAUAGAGAUCUUUACAAUUUUCAACAAAUACCCGACAGAAUGGCUCAACACAUGAGAGGACCACUCAAUAUUAGCCGAGAUAUUAUCAAUUCAAUCGAUGGCAUCUCUUUAGAGGCCAUCAAUGAGAAUAACAUUAGAGACGUGAUUGAAUACGACAAACAAGUUUGCGAUGGUUUAGACAGAAGUAAUUAUCUCUCAGCUCUCUAUAAGAUCCCCGAAAAUAUCCAUUUAGUGGCCAUUAAUGAUAGGAAAGAAGUGGUCGGUUAUUGUUUCGUUAUAGACACGUGUAAUGGUAUUACGGGUAUUGCGCCCCUCUAUGCAGACAACCAACAGAUCGCUGAGUUGUUGGCCAACAAAUGCUGUCAACGUUUACCACCAAAUAAGACAACUGAUAUAUUGUUGAAGUGUUGGGAUUCAGAUCAAAGGGCUAUUCAAAUGGCAAAGAAAUUGGGUCUAAAGGAGGGUCACAAACAGAUGACUGCUUUCACUAAAAGGGUUAUCGACGGAAAUUUGGAUAAAAUCUAUUGUAUCGCCAGCCGAAUAUUGGGCGCCUGUAGUGGUGUUAACAUUGGCCCCGACCUGUCAUUUGUGGGUCAGUACGCGGUUCGGGCAGAGUAUCAGGGAUUAGGUAUUGGUAAAGCUCUUUGGGUUAAAGCUCUGGAAAAUAUGGGCGAUAGAAAUGCCUCACUAUUUGCAGCAAACGUGAAAAUAUUCACAAUUUAUAGAGAUGUCCACCAUUUCUCUGCGGUUCCCAAGAAACGGAUCAUUCAUAUGAAGGGAGAAUUUGCGCCAAACAAUGAUAUUAUUGACAGAAUCGAUGGCAUCUCUUUGAUGGCCAUCAAUGAGGACAACAUUAAAGAUGUGAUUGAAUACGACAAACAAGUUUGCGAUGGUUUGGACAGAAGUGCAAUGCUUUCGGCACUUUAUAAGAGUCCAGAAAAUAUCAAUUUAGUGGCCGUUAAUGAGCGAAACCAAGUGUUGGGCUAUUGUUUCGUUUUGGACACGAGUAGUGGUGUGACGGGUAUUACACCCCUCUAUGCAGACACUCAACAGAUCGCUGAGUUGUUGGCCAACAAAUGCUGUCAACGCUUACCUACACAUAAAACUAAGAAAAUGUUAUAUUUAUGUUGGGAUUCAAAUCCCAAUUCAAUAGCAGUGGCAGAGAAACUGGGAUUA